CCACUUCUUAGAUGAAAUUAUAGUUACUACGUAGGCGCUGCGAUUGGCAUUCGUUUUCAGCAGGGUUGCUACAGUAAAGUAUUUGCUAUGGUUAUAAUUUUUAACCUGUAAUCGAUCAGCUGAUGUAAUGUUCGGGUGCCUAAAGCAGGGGAUUUGUACAAAAUAGCACUUUUAACUAGUGGGUUAAGUGGUAGAUAACACCACGCGAUUCUAUCUGAAGCAGACGUGAGGGCUUGGAGCCUGAAAGUCGUUGAGACUCAGUCGAAUGGGGUGCGAUGUGACGUCAUCACUUCCGCCCUGCUCGCGCUGUGCGUCUGCUCGCCUUCUCUUCUGCACACAAUCCAACAUGGAGUAAUGAGAGAUGGGGCUCGUACGGGGCCACCCUCAGCAACAUCAACCGCGCAUUUAGCACCACAGCCGGGUCGGAAUACAUGCAUGUGCUCCUUACGGGAAAAAUAAACAAGCGUUUUUCACUCUCGUCUGCGGAUUUGGCGUUUUCUUACCGUUUUCUCACCGUUUUCUCACUGUUUUCAUCAGCAAAUGGUUCGAUCCGGAGGGAAAAAAAUCCAAAAGAGCCAUCAGGGACGGAGGGACGAAGAGGAGAACACAAACAAACCGAAUACAAAAAAGGGCUAAAUAAUAAUUGUCAGUAGUAUUGCGAUAUGUGAGAGAUUUAAUUUUGGGGGAAAAAAGAAAGAAAGGAAAAAAAGGGUGGAGAGAAAAAAUGACGAGCCAAAAGAAUGCACCCGUAUUGGGAUUUUGUGCGAGGUGAAAAGAGAAAAUGAUUGAAGAAACACACCCAAACGAUGACAGUUACAUUGUACGCGUCAAAGCGGUGGUAAUGACCCGGGAUGACUCGAGUGGGGGUUGGUUAGUGCAAGAGGGUGGAGGGCUCAGCCGAGUCGGCGUCUGUAAGGUGACGCCAGUUGAGCUGAGCGGCCACUGCGACUUCCUCAUCCACGGAGAGCGUCUCAAAGACAAGCAGGUGGUUCUGGAAUGUUUUGUGAGGAAAGAUCUUAUCUACACCAAGGCCACACCCACGUUUCAUCACUGGAAGGUUGACAACAAAAAGUGUGGCCUCACUUUCCAGAGUCCUGCUGACGCCCGUGCUUUUGACCGAGGUGUACGGAAAGCCCUGGAGGACAUAACAGAAGGUUCCACAACUUCCUCUUCAACACUCCACAAUGAAGCUGAACUCGGAGAUGAUGACGUCUUUACAACAGCCACUGACAGCUCAUCCAACUCAUCCCAGAAAAAGGAGCAGGUCAUGCAGCCACUGACCACCUCCACCUUCUACGAACCCCACCAGCAUCACCAUCACUACAUUCUGGGUCACUUCCAUGAGCAGUACAGAACCUCAGAGCGCUACUUUCUGGACCAGGCAGCACCGAGGUUGGCGCGGCGUGUGAGCUUCCUAGAUGAGGAGGAGGAGGUUGUGCGCAUAAACCCACGCGAGCGUGCUUGGCUCUCAGGCUAUGAGGACUACCGGCAUGCAGCAGCACGUGCUCAGGGUCUCGACUCAUAUGUGCACUUCGCCAAAGGGGAUGCACCAACCAAGCAUGACUACAGUUAUCCGUAUGCACAGGGCUCAGAACUGAGCAAGGGCCCUCGCAGAGAGGGUAGAGCUGUUGUUUCACAGCCAGUUAGCUUCAAACACAAGGACGAUGAGGAAGAGGGUUUGGGUGAGAAGCAACAUUGCGUCUACUGUGGCAUUUUUUUCCGGCAUGAGGAGAACGGCCGUGGUCGCUGCCCUGAUGCUCCAGACCCGGCACGCUCAUGCAUCCGUCGUUUCAGCUGCAUGUGGUGUGCAGAUAGCCUGCUCUACCACUGCAUGUCUGAUCCAGAGGGCGAUUAUUCUGAUCCCUGCUCGUGCGACACGGCUGACGAACGUUUCUGCCUGCGUUGGCUUGCCCUGCUCGGUCUUGCGCUGCUCGCGCCCUGCCUCUGCUGCUACCCGCCACUGCACGCCUGUCACCGAUGUGCCGUGGCCUGUGGCUGCUGUGGUGGAAAGCACAAGGCCUCUGCAUGACCCCUGAUGCUGAACCCACCCAAAGUAUCACAUGUUGACCGCACCCAGAUAAAUGGUGCACAUUGAGGAAGGCAUCAGGAGGCAGGAAGAAAGUUCAUCGUGUCUUUUCAGUUUCUUUUUUUGUCUGCCUCAAUUCCUUCUCCAGACAGACGAAAAGAACAAAAAUGGUGCAUUUAAAAUGGCUUGAAUAUUUUUUCUUUUUUAUAUAAAUAUGAAUAUAUAUAUUAUAUAAUAUGAAUAUUAUAUAAAUGUCUGCGUGCGUGCGUGCGUGCGUGCGUGCGUGCGUGUAUGUGCGUUCCCGUGUAUGUUUCCUUUUCUCAUCUUCUGGACGUUCUCUUCAAUGAAAAACAAAAAAGGCUCUUGGUUUUUUUCAGGUGGCCCUUUAGGAGCCGACUUGUUAAGCAUUACUUAUGCAGGUACUUUAUAUUUUUACACUGAGUUUAAUUUCAAGAACUUGAAUUCUUUAUUUUUAAUGGUGCGUGCAUUCGAUUGCAAAAUCAGUUGUUUCAUUUUAAGUUUGUUCGCCAUGGCCAGCUAGGUAAGUUUGUAAUCUGUCUUGAAACCCUUAAAAUUUACUAAAUAAUAAGAGUGAGAUUAGCUCAAGACACUAAACCUGUAGUGAGGUUCGCAGUGUGUGUGUGUGUGUGUGUGUGUGUGUGUGUGUGUGUGUGCGUGAAAUAGUGCAGAAGCCUGCAUGUGUGUUGUAAAGGAAUGAGAACAUUGUAUUACAGCAUAGUAUUGUCGUUAUUGUAUUUAAGCCAAAUUUACAUAAGCUGCAGUGUGAGUAUAUGUAAAUACUGUAUACUCAUAUGUAUAGGUUUAAAAUUGAUCAUUAUGUCCACAACCACAUUUGUGGAAUUUUUACUUUUUGUUGAUAAGAAUAGUGGAUAAGUGGAUAAUCUUUUAAAUGACCAUGAUGGAUAUCCAAAGAUUGUUUUUUUUUGUUUGUUUGUUUUGUUUUGUUUUGUUUUUUGAUCAUAUUUAUUUUCCUAGUCCAAUUGAAUCACCAGCCAAAGGGAGAAGAAAAUAUGGACAUAGAGUUUGAACUGGAAGCCUGGUCAUAUGUGAGAGUUAGAAGGAGUCCAGUUGGAACAGUGUAUAACACAGAUAUGCUUGGACUGAAAUGCAUAACACGUAUCUGUUUCCCGUCUCUGACAUGUGGCUAUUAACACUUUAAAACUAGUGGAAAAAGUUUUCUUUUUCUUGUUUUCAAAGCAAAUCCUGCUCUAUAGGAAGCUUAAAAGAACAGGACAUCUAUUAAAGGGACAUUUGCCAAAAUGAUCUCUAAUGUUACUCAAAGCCUUAAUUUUGGUUAAAACAAACAAAAAAAGUGAUGGCAAUUUCAUUGUGUCUGCCACGACGUUUACUCACAAGACAGACGCAUCUUUGUGAGUUCUUUUAAAUCAAGAGAAAGUGAAGACUAUUUUUGUAAUCUAUCAGAUAUGAUCACUUCAAAUGAGCCUUUUUUUAAAUUAAGAGAAUGUGUUUAAAAAUGUAGAAGGACAUGGUAGGGAUAAAUGGCAUCGUACAAUCUGUGACGCAGCUCCGGUACGGCUGUAUAGUCCGUCUCGGACAUUAGAUCCUGUUCAACCUCAUGAUUGACAUUGAAAUCAUCCAGUCACUGUUCGUCUAAAUCGUGCAUUGAAGAAAAUGCUGUCUGGUUUAGCUAGGAAAGCUGUAUGUGCACGAUUGUGUCUUUGAAUGUACAUGGCUAAUACUAAUGUCUGUGUUUAAACCGUAACAUUCGACCUGCUCCUGGGAGCGACAGUCUCACUCAGAGUGUGUGGUGUUUAGUACAUUACAAACACAAAUGUGUCUCAUUGAAAAUGUAGAUUGUCUGUCAGUACAUGGAAGGUUCGGGAGAGGAGUGUCACUGUAUCCUUUAUCCACAGCACAUCCUUUUUGGCUCUCCAUCAGCUUUGGCAAUACUGAAUAAACAUCAUCCUCUUCACUCAGAGCCCGGGAUACCUGUGGGUUAAAACACAACAGAAAAAAUAAGUGAAGUCUGUACGUCUGUCACAGUGCAGUCUUGCUACUACACACAUUAUACAUGUUUUAAAAAGUGCCUGAAGCAUAUUGUUAUUCUGUCUCCUUGUAUACUAAAAAGCAAGACGAAAUAAACCCUAUUGUAUUGAUUAGUUUUGUUUUUUACAAUAAGAAUUUUUACCUCUGUAAAAAGCAAAAAAAUCUAUAUCAAGUGUAUGAUGUACAUUUUUAUUUCUAUUAAUUUCUUUUUUUAUUGUUUCUAACAUGUAUGUUUCAAUGAAGCUCUUUGCUUUUCAGAGGACAAAAGAAAGACCGAAAGAAAAAGAUGGAAAGAAAGAAAAAGUACUUUGUAAAUACAGGUAGAUCGUGUCAGAACUAUCAGAAGUGUGGCCUGGCCAGUAAGUAGUUCUACAUGUGUGUCCUAGCUCCCAAUAAAAAUAAAACAGAAAUACAA